CAAAACAUAUUGCACAAAUAUCAUAUAUUGGUAGGCGGCUAAGGAGGUGGGUUGCAAGGAAUUAUUUCGCUAGUUUGUACUCCGAAGCGUAAAGACAAUCUUAAUUUAGCCGUUAGAAGUUGAAAAUACCUUGACAGCCUUUCAAUCUUACACCUUCACCUGAAGCAGCCCGUACGUUGGCUAAUCUUUAAAAGAGGAAAUAUUUAUGCAAACCUGCUAAGUUUAGUACAAACAAAGCACAGAUCGACCAUCUUUUGUUUACCUCAGCAAAACAUUUGGUCAGGAUUUACUAAAAAAAAAACGUCCAUUUAAAAGGAGCCUCUAAAGAACAAAAUUAACAUGGCUUGAUGCUGUUGAAACCCGAUUGGAAUUCUGUCAACAUCGUGGAUACUGGUCAAUAACCGGUGUCAAAUGUAAUUCAAGUUUUUCAAUUCUCUCCUGGAGUGUAAGCAACAUUUUUUAAGUCUUGAGAAAAGUAUUAUAUCUGCACAUUGCACACGCGAUUGAAUUUGUUCACAAAACAAAGGAUUAACGAAUAAACGAUUUAGACACUCAAUUCUUGUAGAAAAGUACCGUAAUAGAUGGAAAGCAAAGAUGGGAAGGCUUCUUAAAUACUAGGGUUCUCAAAGGGCACGAAAUUACUUGCUCUUAAGAGACGAACUCAGGGUGCUGUAUAACUUCCAUCUCUGACAACAUUCACUCUGAUUUUAUUUUACUUUUGUUCUGGGCCUAUUUGAUCAAAUAGUGGUAUGUUUUCAUUGAGUGUUAUGUGAGAUGCUUCAACAAACGUUUAUUCCAUUUGGGCAAAAGAAAAAUAAUUCAUUCCACAAAACAAUAGGUCAAAAUAGAGAGUAAGAUCAGUGCGAUUAAAAUAUUAGCGACUACUCAAUACGUUUGUUAGAAAUCCACUAAAACGGGUUCAAGUUAGACGAUCGACAAUUAACUUGCUUGCCUUAUUUUGUUACAGUUUGCCAAAUUUCUACAUAAAGCGGAAAAAGGAGAAAAAAACUAACAUGAUGUCACUUUUAAACACAGCUUUUACGACGAGCUUGAUUUAUAGAGACGGUAAUUAAAGCUCGGCUAAACUGACACAGCGAGUCACGAAAUGUAUUCGAACAGAAUUAUUCUGUCUCGUUGAGGCUUAGAACCAUAAAUGUAUACGUUUCGCAAUACACAUAGAGUUUCAGAUGAUUUGAGGAAGUUCUAAUAUCCACAAAGCAUUUUAAGCAAUAUAACACAGUACAAAGCAGUUUCUGAGGCCGCCAUGCAAAAUUCUCUGUUAAGUAUUCUCGAUUCAAGCGAAACUUUUGUUUUGCUUUUAUUAUUUUUUUUAAUUUCACCUGCACAACUUUGACUUUUACUGGAGAAUGGAAGCUUUAUAAUGAAAUCUUAAACUGGUGGGUGGUAUCCAAUCGGCAAAAUUUAGAAGCAUAGUCUUUGUUGCGUCACGGCUGCCGUCGGCUCAUUAAUAUUUAACGCUCAACGGAGCCUCUUAAAGCCUAAAGUAACAUCAACGCUAAUUUUAUCCACUACUUUCAAUGUGUGGGUUCGGCGUUCGAUUUCAAAACAACAUCUCAACAAUCUAUAAAUUACGUGGGCCGACGGACUCUUCAGAGAACACCCUGAUUCGGUCCGCUAACUUUCUUGAAGCCAAUAAAAAAUUGAACGGCAAAAUCGGAAGUUGAAGUCACGCUAUCCAAACUGCUACGUGAAAGAUCUGAACGAAACCACUCGACUAGAACAGUGACCCUCCAGGUUACUACGAUGAUCAUUGCAUAAGAAACCUGUAUUUUGGUUAUGAAUUUUGACGUAAACCGAUACGGAAUAUUACUUAUCAUGUCCCUAUUAAAAUGUGAUCUUUCCUGUCACAUUAUGCGUAUUGUGUACUUACGUUUUGCUUCACUUAACAAAACUUUCACGAGCCUUCAAGGCAACAUUUCGAUUUUCAAAUUUCCCUGUGCGGAUAAAAGUUCAAUGCGUUCUGUUUUUUGCAACUAUGUAAAUAGAACAUCGAAAACACCGAUAAACCUUGCAACAUAUAUAUAGCACAAAAAUAGAACAACUUCUUUUAUUUAUGCUGUUCUCUAAUAAAGGCUUCACGCAGCCGAUCAGCAUGUUCGUGUCCCUGUUUCGCAAUAACCUUUUCUCCGAGAUCAACCGAGCAUUUCGCGAAAGAUCGUUAUUGUAAUCGGAGUCCGAAGAUAGAACGUCGCACUAUUUUCGGAACCAAUCGGAGGCUGCGAAGGUGUUUCGAAGUUUACACAACCUUCUGGAGCAUUCGGCGUUACAAAACGACUGCUGAAGCGAGUCGUUAAUAAUUCGAGAGUCUUCUUUUAUAUCAAACGAUUAACUUCCUACUCAAAAUGAAACCCCAUUAUAUUCUUGACACAGAAUUGAUAACUGUUUCCAACUUAAAGUAACUUCAAGCCAUAUGCGAGCUGAGAACCAUCCUCAUUUGAGUUACGAUACGCAUCGCUGAUAAGUUGAUCGUGAUCUGUGCAGCGUGACUGCUCUCAACUGUAGCCUGGGGGAAAGUUUAUUUUAGAAUUGAAUAACGGAGCAUCCGACUUUGCAUAAGAAAACUCGGAGCAGAUUAGCGCAGAAUCGGCACCUGACUCUUAAGCCGUACGGAUCCACGCAAACACACGUCUAAAUCUUAAAUACUUACACGCGAUCAGGAAGAAAGGACAUCAUUCAUUUUCACUGCGAAACAGUCUGUGGAGUUUGCUAAACUUAUAUCAUUUUAUAGUUGGAACUGCUGUUAUACAGAGAAGAGAGUCUUAAUGCGUAUCCCUAUGGCUUAUGCGAAUUUCGACGAUUUGGUGCGAGUGACGGAGAGUAUCACCUACCCGAACUCCUACCAAGGCGAGGGAAAUCCGUUAACGGCGGGGAUCUAUUCGUUGCUCAUUCCAAACACAGAGGAUGAACUACAACAGGUCAGUUGCGAUCUUUCAGAAGCGAUUUAUAUGGUAUUGUUAGAUGCGCUGAUUGAAUAACGAGCCCGUGUCGCUCUUUAUUCAAUAUACGCUUGUUGUAAAUGAAUUAUAAUUCAAGAAAGAGCUUUCACGCCGGAACAGAACUCGUCCGACACUGUUCACUCUGUUCAUUAUUUCCUCGUUGUAGUCAUGCUUGUAAAUGACUCCAAAAUUGCCAAAGGAAGUAUAUCCGGUAAAUAAAAUCCUGUAGUUUCAGAGUCCAUUUUGGACUGAUCGAAAGUGUAACAACACGGAUUUUUUUUGCAGCCAUUAAUCUUAACUGCAUGAUGAUUCGAAAUUUCCCCAAGCUGGUAAAGAUUUACGAGAGCCCGUGGGCCGUGCACGCGAAUUCGGCAAUUAGAGGAGCAAUUGUCACAGCCUACAGGGGUCCCACUGUACGCUUAAACUGAGCUCUAUGUUUAUUAUACUAAUGUGCCAAAUUUCUGCCCCUUCCUAGACAGAGGAUGGCGGUAUUCCGGUGACCUUGUUCGUGAAUUCGAUGUUAUGUAAGAGUCUAUACUUAAUUAAUCGUCUAUCGAAGUUCAACUGAUCAAGCAUGGCAGCUGUAUAAUCAUUUUUAAACGGCUUUUCUUUCCGUCAGACACUUAAAGAAAUGGAUAGUUACCUGUGUUCCACCUCUCAAGACACACCUUCAGAAUUGCAGCCACAUGUAAACCUCCAUCAACCAAAGUUCGAAGAGGGGAUGAAAAGAGACUGUCGCUUUCCAGAGUCAACGGCCAACGUGUGUAAUGGCCAACAAACAGUACAAGCGCCUUCUUGCGAUCUGAAGCUAGAGUGGCCGCAAGCUACUCUUCAAAACCCAGCAACUACGACGACUGCAUCAUGUGCGGAGUCCAACGUCUUUAGUUUCGAUACACACCAAUCCUUUCCCACAUGCUCUGAGAGCGAACUGGAAUUAAGCCAUGCCUUUCACUGCGAUUUUCCCGGUUGUAAAAAACGUUACACAAAGAGCUCGCAUCUUGGAACACACAAGAGAAUUCAUACCGGCGAGAAGCCCUUCCUGUGUCCGUGGGAGGAUUGUGGGUGGUGUUUCCGCAGAUCGGACGAACUAAAGCGCCACUACCGAAGACACACUGGCGAAAAACCUUACGUAUGUCCCUUGUGUGGCAGGUCUUUUAGUCGUUCAGAUCAUCGGUCUUCUCACAUAAAGAAAAUACACCCACUAAUGUAGGAGUUUUUUAAAUCGACUCAACGGACCUCAGAUGACAAAAGUCAACAUUUGACCUAAAUUUUUAUUUGUUUGAAUGUUCAAUAGACAAUUUAUACUCUAUAUUUAGUCGACCUCAUGGCCGCGACGUUGUUCUACUGUCUGCUCCAUAAAGAAGCCCUAUUUAACGAACUAAGAAUUAUGUGGUGAAUAAUUGUACAUAUAGAGCACACUAUUGGCAUAAACAGGGGAAUUCAAUGAGCCAAUAGUCACCGAAAUCACUAUUUUAAUGGAAAGUCUUUAAACAGUCAAUUUCACUCCUCAGUCAAGUAUCAAGACGAUACAGUCGGAAAACGUAAACCUUGUAGUUAUAUUAUGUAUAUUUCGUAGCGACGAGUCCUUCUCAGUCUUAAAAGUCACGUUGUCAGUAUUUUUCGUCUUGUUGGAGGACCCAUGAUCGCUUUUCUAACUAAUUUUGACUCAAAAAUUUCAGAAAGCCAAACUACGUACAUCUUUGUGGUGGAAGGUUAAGAGAGAAGAACAGGGCUGGUUCCUGCUGGGAAGGUGCUUUGUAGUAUGACAUGAAAUAAACAUGGUUAUAUUCAAGAUUUAACAUCUACUGAAAUGCAUCCAUUCUUCGUCGUUAAGGGACAGUUGUCCAACUACUAAGAGAUAAAUACUGCUUCGGACUGUUUCAUACAUUCUACAUCGAAGGAAAAAAAAAAUGAAGAAAAGCUUUAAGAGGACAGAAUGUUUCAUUCAGACUUUUACAUGAACGAUCAGUACAAGUAUUUAAGAGGUAUCGAUUGUGAAACGUGAUUGAAGCUGACGGCGAUCUCUAAGAAACAUGUAAAAAAGCCCUUGAAGACUCAACAAUAC